GUGUGUCAAUUUAGUUCUGCAGAAUAUCUUUCACUUUGUUUGUAUCGUAGAUCCAUUUAUUUCUUUAUUAUUAGUAAUUUUUGAUUUUGUUUCAUUUUUCUUUGAAGUGUUAGAUUUUAAAUGGAAGAGUGUUUAUAGGGUUUGUAGAAAAUGGUUCUCUUUUAUUUAAAGCACUGUGUUUGGUUUCUUUGGUUCUUGUCAUCAUUCACGUCAUCAUUUAGCCUUGAUUCUUAUAACUCGUCCAAUCCGACCCUAUGGAAUGGCGUCGAAAUAAACAAAUAUCAUUCCCAUGAAGAUAUGACAUCUGUUUUUGAGGCCUUAGAAAGAGAUUUUCCUUUUAUUGCCAAAAAGGGAACCAUAGGAAAAUCUGCCCAAGGAAGAGAAUUGAUCUUCCUACGAGUAACUGUAAAUGUCACUGCCCCAAGGCCUCUUGGCAAACCAAUGUUCAAAUAUGUUGGAAAUAUGCAUGGAAAUGAAGCUGUGGGAAGAGAAUUACUAAUAGCUCUAGCAGAGCAUCUUGUACAUAAUUAUGAGAAGGAUAGUGAAAUAACCAAACUUGUGCAAUCCACCGAUAUAUACAUUCUACCUAGCCUUAACCCAGAUGGGUUUGCCAAAGCAAAGGAGGGAGAUUGUUUUGGAGCAAAUUCUGCCUCAGGAAGAGAGAAUGCCAAUAAUGUAGACUUGAACCGAAAUUUUCCCGACCGUCUUGAAAUCAAAGGCUCUCCCAAAACUGUCGAAGAAGAGUUGUUUAUCAAAGGCAGAGAGCCUGAAACGCUAGCUAUUAUGUUGUGGAUUGUCAAUAAUCCUUUCGUACUGUCAGCCAAUCUUCAUGGUGGCUCAGUCGUUGCCAGUUAUCCCUUUGACGAUACCACCAUACACCGCGAAUGCUGUGUUGAAGGAAAGGCUCCAGACGACACCUUUUUCAAGCACUUAGCAAGAGUUUAUGCAUCAAAUCAUCCCUACAUGCACAAGGGCAAUUUGUGCGAAGGCGACAAUUUCAAAGAAGGGAUUACAAACGGAGCCUAUUGGUAUGACGUCCCAGGUGGAAUGCAAGAUUUCAACUAUGUGUUUUCCAAUUGUUUUGAAAUUACUGUUGAACUGUCGUGUUGCAAAUAUCCGAAUGCUUCUACCCUACAAACGGAAUGGCUUGCAAAUCGUCAAAGUCUAAUUAGUUACAUGCAGUCAGUUCAUCUGGGAGUCAAGGGCUUUGUAACCGAUCAACAAUCAAACGAAGCUGUUCCUAGAGCCCGGGUUACUGUUAUUGGCAUCGAGUAUGACGUGAAAACAACGCAUGAUGGUGAAUACUGGCGGCUUCUUCUGCCUGGGACUUAUUCGUUGCAAGUGUCGGCAUUUGGAUAUCAAGAUGUUGAAAUUCAUAAUGUCACUGUCGCGGAAGAAGGACCGACUUUGCUGAACAUACAAAUGAAGCGCUCCAUCCCGGAUAAUCCUGAAACGGACAACAAAAUCUACAUGGAAUUUGGACAUCACAACUAUACAGAAAUGGAAGAGAUAUUGAAGAAAAUUUCCAAGUCUUUUCCGACAAUUACUCGGCUUUAUUCAAUUGGUCGAAGUAUUCAAGGGCGCGAACUCUAUGUCUUGGAAAUUUCGGAUAAUCCGGGACAGCACGAACCUGGCGAGCCCGAGUUCAAAUACAUCGCCAACAUGCAUGGCAAUGAAGUUGUAGGACGCGAACUUCUUUUAAAUUUCGCCAUAUUAUUAACCAACGGUUAUGGUCGAGAUAAUCGACUAACGAAAUUAGUAGAUUCGACACGCAUUCAUCUAAUGCCCUCCAUGAAUCCAGAUGGUUACGAAAUAGCACUCGAAGGGGAUGAAAACGGCGGUUAUGGAAGGGGCAACGCCAAGGAUGUCGACCUGAAUCGUGAUUUUCCUGACCAGUACUUCCCGAAGAAAGAUUAUGAAAAUUUUCAACCUGAAACGCUAGCGGUGAUGAACUGGUCUCGGUCUAUUCCCUUCGUCUUGUCAGCCAAUCUACAUGGUGGCUCACUGGUGGCCAACUAUCCUUUCGAUGACAAUCUUCAUGGCAAGAGCAAAGUUGACAGCCCCUCACCUGAUGAUGCUCUCUUCCGGAAACUUGCCAAAACUUACAGUUAUGCGCAUCCGACAAUGCACCUGGGAAAGCCUUGCCACCAGAGUUUAGCCGGACGUUUAUUAGGUGUUCUGGAUGAAUCUUUUAAGGACGGCAUCACAAACGGCGCCUUCUGGUACAGCGUUUCCGGCGGUAUGCAAGAUUGGAACUACAUUCAUACCAAUGACAUGGAAAUAACGGUGGAAGUGAGUUGCUUCAAAUAUCCAAAAGCAAAGGAUAUGAUGGGCUAUUGGGAUCUGAAUCGCCAAUCAUUGUUGGAAUACUUGGAACAAGUCCAUCACGGUUUUAAGGGUUUCGUGCUGGAUACCAACGGAUUCCCCAUCUUUAACGCUUCCAUAGCUGUGGCUGGUUUUGAAGGAAAGUCUGUUCGAAGUUACACCAGCGGGGACUAUUGGAGACUUUUAUUACCCGGAGAGUAUCAUGUUACUGCCAGUGCUUCAGAGUUCCAGUCGCUGAGCAAAACCGUUAACGUGCCUUCUGAUGGAACUGCUGUUGUCAAUUUUACUUUGGCUCGAAUGAAUGUUGGUGAGAUGAUUCGCCUUUCAAUACCAUCUACCCCGGAAAAAAUCCCUACUUCGGACCCUGUGGUUCCUCCUCCACAAGUUGCCAACUCAUUAUCUGGACAACUGGAGAAACUACUGAAGGAGAAAGUAAAAAAAGCGCCUAAUCUGCUAUGUCUGUACAGCAUGAACUCGUUGAAAGAACAACCGGAGCAUCCAGUAUGGGUAUUGGAGAUAGGAGAAGGAGCAGCUGCGAAUUGUGCCGCAAGAAAGCAAUCUGUCCAAUUGGGGACUGUUUCUAAACUUCACCAGCCGAAAGUGUUAGUGUUCAACGGAGUUGAUCGAGCCGCUGCUGCAUCCGGUCGUAGCUUUUUGCUCAACUUGGUGAACAUUUUGACUUCAUCGGAGCCUGAUGCUCUUAGCGUAGUCAAAAGUGUAUCGAUGCACUUGAUCUUCGAUGCCGAUCCUUCCGCAGCUGAUGCCGACUGUAUGGCGGUAUCAAACGUCGCCAGAACUCCUGCUGAAGAAGCUCUAAUGCAAUUUGUGGAACGAGAAAAAUUUACCAUGGUGCUCGCUCCAGAAUUUCAAUCAAUCGGACUUACUGUAUCUUCGCAAUCAGGACUGAAGCAAUUCCACGAAAAACAGUUAGCUGACACCUAUCUCCAGCAACUCCAUAGGCUGAGCGAUUGCAAUCGUGGUGACCAGAAAUUGUCUACUGUAAUUAAUCGCAUCAGUGAAGCCUUCAACGGAACUGUUGCAAUGCGUCUCGGACUGUCGUGUUGUACCGGAGCUGAUCAAGUCGACGCCAUUUCAUCUUUACAUCGCGUUACAUUGCUGCAGCUGUUUCUCUCGGCCCGCCAGGGAAUUGCUGGAGUGGUUACUAGCCAAUUUAGUCAACCUCUUACUGCCACAGUCAAAGUAACUGCAACAAGGCGAACGAUGAUUUCUUCCGCUGAUAGCUUGGUGGUUACGACAACUCGGGACGGCCAGUUUUGGGUUGCCCUACCUCGGGGAGAAUAUGCAGUUGAAAUUCAAGCGGCCGACUACAUUAAAAAAACGAAGGUGGUGACAGUAUCAGAUGGCGGGGCAAGUCAGAUAGUUAUUCAGCUGUCUAGAGACCAGAGAGUGGGCGGAUUACCUCGUAUGGUUUUCGUCAUCCUUGUAGGUUCCCUGCUACUUUCUCUGCUAACGAUAGUGCUUUGCUGCUGCUCUUGCUAUGAAAAGCGUAAAGCCCAGCGUAAAAAGAAAUCAAACCAAUGGGGUUUCCAAUUACUUCAACAAACGGACCGUGAACAUAUGGCACCAGUUUUGAUUGAUAGUAGUUCCAGUGAUGAGGAACUCUUUGUUCAACAUUCUCAGCACCAACAUUUCAAGAUGCGAACACCCGUGCGAGCAGUACAAGAAGGAUCAGUGGAUUCACCUUUCCGACCAAUUCGCCCGAAAGGCAAAGUUUUAGGAGCAAGAAUGGGGCAGUAUCGCGAUGAUACUUCUAGCAGUGACGAUUUGGAAGAUUUCAACAGCGCCACAUCUUCAAGCCUGGAAGAGGAGCAAUUGGUUGACCUCCGUAAAAGUUCUAGGCCUUCGAUGUAAUGUACAACCGUGAUGGUUACAGCAGUUUGUCCAAUUAUUUGGUUUUGUUGAGAUCUGAUUUUAAUGUGUGAUGGCUUAGCUUGCAAUUUUGUAACGUGAGACUUUAGUCCACGCGAAUUCAAUCAUGACGUGCCUUGUCAUAUUUACUUAUUAUGGAUAAUUAACACGUUUAUCUACCGCUGUAAUUGUUGUACAGGGACGAAAACUAUACACAAUGCUAUACACUCGAA